CCUCCCAACAUCAUUAAUUCCCACGGACGGACGCACAUAACACAAGAAGAUAACAUGCACACAAUGGGCGCACCAUUGUUUUUCAUCUCCUUAAGCCUCCUCGUCUCAGCCGUGGCUGCCGUUGAUGGAGGCGGCUGGUUCGACGCUCAUGCUACUUUCUACGGUGGUGGCGACGCCGCUGGCACAAUGGGCGGGGCGUGUGGGUACGGGAACCUGUACAGCCAAGGGUACGGGACAAACACGGCGGCACUGAGCACGGCGUUGUUCAACAACGGGCUGAGGUGCGGGGCCUGCUUCGAGCUGAGGUGCGUGAAGGACCAGAAAUGGUGCCGCUCAGCUGGGUCGGUGGUCGUCACCGCCACCAAUUUCUGCCCGCCAAACAACGCCCUGCCGAACAACGAAGGCGGCUGGUGCAAUCCUCCUCUCCACCACUUCGACCUCGCCCAGCCCGUCUUCCAGCAGAUCGCCCAGUACAGCGCCGGCAUCGUCCCUGUCUCCUACCGCAGGGUGGCUUGUCAGAAGAGAGGCGGGAUGCGAUUCACCAUCAACGGCCACUCCUACUUCAACUUGGUCCUCAUCACCAACGUGGGAGGCGCCGGGGACGUGGUGGCAGCCUCGGUUAAAGGUUCCAAGGGAAACUGGCAGCCCAUGUCCAGGAAUUGGGGCCAAAACUGGCAGAGCAAUGCUUUCCUCAACGGCCAGAGCCUGUCCUUCAAGGUCACCACCAGCGACGGACGGACUAUUGUCUCCAACAACGUCGCGCCGCCCGGCUGGUCUUUCGGCCAGACCUACACCGGCCUCCAGUUUUAA